AUGUCCUUAGAGGACAUAGUGAAGAGUUUGGAAACUAGUACACAAGCUUUCCAACAAGAGACAAAAGCAAGCAUAAAGAACUUAGAGAAACAAGUUUUACAACUUGCUACUUCCUUAAGCAAAUUAGAAUCUCAAGGAAAGUUACAUGUACAAACUGAAACAAACCCAAGGCACAACGUGUGUGCCAUCACAUUGGGAGGUGGAAAGAGUUAUGAUGGUCCAAAAGUGUUGGUUGAUCAAAAAGAAGAGGAAAUAGCGGUCAAAGAGGCAACCAAAAAAGAGAAGAAGGAAGAGAAAACAAUCGAAAAGAAGCCCUUCAUCAUUGAGUCUAAAGCCACACCUGCUCCAUUUCCCGAAAGAUUAAAGAGCACGAAGAAAGAACGGGAGGAGAAUGAGAUCAUGCAAAUGUUCAAGAGAGUUCAAAUCAACAUUCCAAUCCUCGAGGCCAUCAAGCAGGAUGCCCCAAAGUGCAAGGAUCCCGGUGUUUUUACCGUACCUUGCAAAUUGGGGAAUCUUCAUGUACCUCGAGCCAUGUUCGAUCUAGGUGCAUCCGUAAAUGUCCUACCAUAUUCUCUUUUCAAAUCAAUUGGUGUAGGAACAUUAAGCAAAACCAGUGUGAUCAUCCAACUUGCCGACCGGUCUUUGGUACACCCAAAGGGUGUACUAGAGGACAUGUUAGUGCAAGUCGAUGAAUUUAUCUUCCCGACUGAUUUUUAUGUCUUAGAUAUGGGAGAUGAUGACUCUCCAAGUUCAAGUUCCAUACUUUUAGGUAGACCUUUUCUUAAAACUUCCAAAACAAAAAUUGAUGUCUACAAUGGAACUUUAAGUAUGGAAUUUGAUGGUCAAGUUAUCAACUUCAAUGUUCAUGAAGCAAAAAACGUUCCUUCCGAGGUUCAAUCCGUCAAUUUUGUGAAUUUUAUCGAGCCCUCAACUAAAAAGGGUUUAAGUUUUUCUAACAAUGAAUUUCUAGAGUUAGUUUUGCAAGGAAAACUAGACAGGGACAAAGCUAGAGAGCUUGCAAAGGAGGUCGAUAUGGACAAUGAGGUGUUGGAGAGUUUGGAGUUUAUUGAUGACAAGAAGCAUGUGAGGAGUGAUGAUAUAUAA